CGCAACGCUUACUAUCUCAUUUACAUGUCAAGUGAUCUGAGACUAAUUUAACAUUGAAACUUUUCGAGCUCGUUUAGCUAUUGUUUCGAAGUUAAAACUCGCGUACAACCAAACUCCGUAAAGCAGAAAAGGUCACAAGAGGUUGAAAGACCGAAACUCGAGCGGAAAACAGUUGAUUUUUGGGCGAGAUGAAGUUCGAAUUGAAAGCUUGUAUUCUACUUAUUUGGUGUUCAGUCGGAGCUCAUUGUUUAACGUGCAAUAAAUGCUCAACAAGCAUCAGCAGUCGAGGUGAUUGUGGAACUGAAGAAAGGUGCAACGCCAAGCAAACACGCUGUCUGGCCAUACGAAGAGGAGGGAAUCAGAUUGGAGACACGUACAACACGAGAUGUGCAACGAAGGACGAGUGUUCUGUCAGCGGAUUACGUCAACUAUGUCAAGGUCAAGAUUGUGCUGCAAGAUGUUGUACGACUUCAAAAUGUGAUGCGUUUGCAGACCUAAAGCUUAAUAUUGUCAAGGUGGAUGAACGUUCAUUCCAGUGCUACGAGUGCAGUCGUGAAUCGCUGGAUUCAUGCACGUCAAGCGAUCAGAAAUGCGAUAACGAUCAAGACGCGUGCAUUUCGUUUUUGAUGGAAGGUGGUAACCACAACAAGGUCUACACGAAGCGCUGUGCUCGUAAAAACGAGUGCACGCGAAGCGAACUGGAUAGACUUUGUGCGCUCGAGAAAGACCAGUCGAAUAGAAAAGAAUGUCGUGCAUCGUGCUGUUUUGAUGAGAUGUGCAACGAAGCUAGUUCAAAGACGAUAUCGUCGCUUGUGAUUGCAGGAGCUGCUCUUCUCAUUAUUGCUGUAUUUAACUAACCUGUUGUACUAUACGUAAACCUUUCCCUCCCCUCCAAAGGACUUUGUAAACUGACCUUGCUCGGGCAAACGAAAAUGGAUACAAAUCAUCUUGUCGUGCAUAACAUUGUUUCUGGCCAUUUUUUCCACAUUUUUCCCAGUGGACAAACAGGGGAACAAGAUAUCUCGAACGCCCCAAUCUUGGCCUGGGAACAGUGCAAUGUUUCUGAUUUCAUCCUCGUUUGUCGAGUUUUUUGGUUACUGAAAGUCAUUUACAGACCUUGUCAACCUAGUAGGUGAUUCGAGAUCAAUCGUCUAACCUGCUGCAUUCAUACAUAAGUAAAGUUUACCAACGGCAAUAUUUUGAAAAUUGAUGUGUAUAAUAGAUUUUUCAUCCGUAAUUUUUUGACGCAAUCCUGUCUUUUUUGUAAUUUCUAUAUCUUUUGAAUUACUAUUGUUUUACAUAGUGUGUUGAAGAAUAUAUAUUAGUUGUUUAUUGUACAUGUACAGCUAAAGUUGUUUAUGAUUGGUAAA